GCCACCGUACGCGGGGCCCUUGAUACCGCAGUCAAGUAUGGCGGCUGCGCACCAGGGCAACGGGAAGCGGUUAUUCCUACAGUAUCUGCGGAAAGCCUCGCCUUCAUUUUUCGCCUCGGCGCCUUGUCGGCAUCGUCAUUACAAGAAGAAAUGGGCAGCCACUGCUCCUCGGGCAACUAAUACCAGAGUGGCUCUCCAGAUCUUCGACAUGAACUAUGGAGACCAGUAUGGCGCCCUCUGGCCCUCAAUCCGCAUCAGUCUCUUGUCAGUGCAAAAAUACGGGGCCCUAGUCAACAAUUUCUCUGAUGUACAGCAGGUCAUUCAAGGUCUAGAAGACCUGAAUGCGGUAGAUUUCAUCCAAGAAUCUCAAAAAGUAAUUGAGGAACUAGAUUCCACCACUGAAGAAGAUGUCAGUGUGCCAACUUCAUCCCCCCAAAUUCAGACAGAACUUUCAAAGACUCAAGCACACCAUUUUCCUUCUGUCAGUCCUAACAUAAAAUGUUACACAUUCCCCAAAGGAGACAUCAGUCGUUUUCAUCAAGCCAGACCAGACAUCAUAGGAAUUCUUGGUUACUAUCUUCUGGAUGCUGCCUCAGUUUUACCUGUUUUGGCUCUCGAUAUACAGCCUGGAAGCAUAGUCCUUGACCUUUGUGCAGCGCCAGGUGGGAAGAUGCUGGCACUUUUACAGACCGGGUGUUGUCGUGAGCUGGCAGCCAAUGAUCUUUCUGUUUCUCGCACUGGCCGGCUACGUAAUGUCCUCCGCAGCUAUCUUCCCAAAGAGAUCCAUAAUAUAGUGCGGGUUACCUCUUGGGAUGGAAGAAACUGGUGUGAUACAGAAACAGAUACUUAUGAUAAGGUACUUGUUGAUGUGCCAUGCACAAAUGAUCGACAGUCAGUCUUGGAAGAAGAUAACAAUAUCUUCACAUAUGCGAGAAAAGGAGAACGUCAGAUGUUGCCAAUGCUCCAGCUGCAAUUGCUUAUAGCUGGAGUCCUUGCUGCUAAGCCAGGAGGAGAGGUGGUGUAUUCAACAUGUUCUUUGUCUGAGCUCCAAAAUGAAUAUGUGGUUGAGAGAGCUGUGGAGUUACUGAACAUCCAGUACAGCAUCAAUGUGAGAGUAGAGGACUUGAGCCAUUUUCGGAGGCUGUUCCAGAACACGUUUUCCUUCUAUCCAAAUUGUAGACUUGGGGAACUUGUCCUGCCCCACCUCACAGCUAACUUUGGACCCAUGUAUUUUUGCAAGUUGCACAGAAUGAAUUAGAAUGGUGAAAGAAUGGUAUAAAAGAAAGAAAGGAUUUUCCACAUGUUAUUAAACAUCUUUUUAAAAGGUGUAAUGGAAUUUACAAAAAGCCAUCAACACUUUGUUUUAUAGGUUCCAUUCCUGGGCUCUUUACAUGUCAUUCAGUACCUGAUCUUUGCAGGGAAAUACUUCUCUGCAUAGGCAGUCCAACAAGAUAGGAAUUCCAUUGAUGUGCUUCCAAUAAGUUGCAUUUACAUACAUCUAAAUGUAUAAAUAUUUGUGUGCUUGCAUCAUAGUUUUGGGUUAUACAUACGUAUACAUUAAAGAAUAUCCAGCUGGGCUAUAUCCAGAUAUGCGAGGGCUUCAACUUUCAGAAAUCUUCAUACCGUGCUAUCCUGUCUGGAAAUUUUGGGAGUUGUGACCCCCAGUGCCUCUGGAGGUUUCCAGGCUGGGAACGGUUGCAUUAGAGACAUUUUUGCCAUGUGUAUCAUCUGUCUGGGAAAUCAGGUUUUCAUUAACAAUAGUAUGAUAUGUCUAACAUUUAAAAUGAUCCUCAUAAAUGUCAAAUUUGAUAUGAAAAGCAUUAAAUAUUGGGAAGGUGACUGAUGGAUUGAUUGGUUCUGUGCCAUACUCUGUUUCCAGAGCCUUCCCAACAAAUGUCUAGUUCAUUGAUGUGGUGCGAUUGUGUGGUUGCCAUUACUGUAUAUGUCUCUUCCAUGAAGCAGAUAUGAUGUUUCAUAUCUGAGAACGUAGGACAAAUAAUAUGCAUCUAUGCUGGCAUGGUUAUGGUUAAUCAGGAUGUCUUGGCUUCUGGUAUAGUGAGUCUAGUAUCUUGUGGAAGGUUUGCUGAAAAAUCCUAGUAUGAUAUGGAAGCUAUUCCCUUAAGAUUUGCUUGGGGUAUGGAGGUUUUAGAUUAGCUUCUGAAUAGGAAUAUCUAGCAACACAUUUGUAUAUUCCAAGGGAAUAUAAAAAGCUGCUUUCUUUUGCUCUGGUUUAUGCAUCAUAAAGAGUGAUUUAAGUGAUUAUGCAUCAUAAAGAGUGAUUAAAUCAUGGCUUAGCAAAAUGUAUAAAUCAGGUCACAGUUGGCUAUCUAUGGUCAGCACUGAGAAGCAGCACUCUUCAAGGUUUCAGAUAAUUUUUCUAGCUGUACCUGGAUAUAUUGAGGACUGAACAUGAAACUUCUCUGUCACUGAGAUACAGUCUUUUUAAAACCAUUUUGGUAAAAUUUUGGCAUCUGUUAAGGCACUUUAUUGUACUAUUUUAUGUGUAUUGAUUCAAAGGUAGGACCCAUUGGCCUCAGGAAGAUUAACUGGUAAGUGAGUAUAGUCUAAUGCCAGUUUAACUUACAGGGACUGGUCGUGGUUUAUUGAGGAGUUUUGCUUCUUAGUGAAUAAACCUCAUGAAGCUCCUUGAAGGUGCCCUGCUGAAUUGCUAAUUAUUAGGGCUGUGCAGGGCUUCAGAUUCAAAAGUAGAAACAUGCUACUGAGCACGUGGGGGUCAAAUAUAGCACUUGUCUGCCACUUCCUAAACAUGUUUUUUUUUUUUUACUGGGAUUGCAUGAUAGCUAUGGAAGUCAGCCACGUGUGCCUGGGAAAAGAUCUGUUUGGCUUAAGGCGCUGAAGACUGAUGCUACAUUCACAUCCCCCAAUGCUCCCAAAAAUACCUUUAUGGCUUUGAAUCUGAAGACCUGCACAGCCCUAUUGUUUAUACAUUAUAUGUACUCUUUUUCAACUCCUUUCUUGCCUGUAUAAAUGUUUGUUGAAACAGAGUCUCCACGUGGUGCCUUGAGAGUCCUAUUUACAUGUUGUGAAGAGUCAAUCCUUUUCUAAGGGCUUACUGAACUUUUCUGAAAGCCUGUUUGC